AUGGCCCCUACCGCGCAUCUUCGGAGGAUUCAAUCCACUCGCUCUAUCCUCAAAGCCCGAAAAGGGUCCGUGUCUCCAGAAUUUUCUGACUUGGAUAUGGCAAAACAACAUGCGACUGCAGCAGCGUCUCUAGCCAUGAGACGUUCCACCGAGAGAUCUUCGACCGACUCGCAACGUUCGUAUGAUCGCUUAGGUGGCCCUGAAAGCAUGGCAGUGCCUCGAAGAAAACAUAGAUCAGACAACUCUGUACAAUUUCCGGAAGAUGAUUCAGAUAACACCAGCGUACCAUCAUUUCGCCCACAGUUGACCGACGGCACAUCUCAGAACGAUCCAAUGUCACUCGUAGUAUUGCCCCCGAUCAACGAGUUCGGAGGUCUCGAAGGCCCAGUUGCUUCUCUGCCUUCGUCCUAUCGCCGGCUUCGCAAGACACGAUCAAUGUUCUCGACUGGACAACGUUUCUCCCGUAAUUCUUGCGGAGCUUCUUCCAGCUUUGAUCCCCAGGCUGCGGAUGAUAGACCACGGGCCUACGACGUGCCACGCUCAUCGAGAACAUUAAGGCGCUCUAUGUCGUUUUUCAGGAGCGAUCAUCGAUCAUCCAACACACUACACCACGCAAAGAGUCAUGAUGCAGCCAUUCAAAUGGCCCGUCGUGAAUUUCAGAAACAAACUGCCCCCGAUCUCGGUGAGAAUAGACAGUCUUCCUUCAUGAAGAGACCAAAACGAGAGCACAAACCAUUCAGAAGGACCUUUCGCAACAUGAGUGCUUCGGGAGGCGAUAUGGCUAAUACACCCUCUCCGAAGGGACCAUCCAAGAGUGGAUUCCCCCUUGGAAGAACUCGAUCAUUCUCGUCAUCCGUCAAAAGAGGCAUCAAAAGAGUCCUAGGUUUUUCAAAACCUCUCACAGGACAGCUAGACGUGCAGGCUUCAACUUCUUGUGAUGCACGACAUCCAGUCCCCUCUCCCAUCAAGUCGAGAAAAGAGACCAAGUCUCCAAGCGAGAACAAACGUCCCUAUCGUGGGGAUAACCUGCAUAGGCUCAAUAUCCCAAGCCGGCCGGACACAAUUAGAAGUGCUCGAAGUUAUGAAAGUUUCGCUACUACGCGAUCGCGUGUUACGAGUUGGGCAGAUUCCACGGCUGCAAACACCGUCACCGCGUACAAAGGAGCUGAUAGGAGUCACUUGUCCAUUAUAAAUGAGAAGGGAGUCUCGAAUGAAAGUGCUGAGCAGAUCAACCCUGGUGCUUCCUCUACUCAAGAGCAAGUUCCAUAUCAUAACCACUUGAGGCCAGACGGCUCCGUUGAUAGUCAGCGCUUGUACAUGGCUUUGAUGAAGCGUAUCCGCAGAAAUAGCACACGCGACUCAGCAGAGGACCUUGUAUUUGGGCAGGUCAAAGAGCAUCGUGCCAUCCCAACACGGGCAUCCUCUCUCCAUCCACGUCGCAGUAGGCAGACUAUCCGUCAUGUGCCCAGUGAUGAAUCCAUUGUUUCUCCCAAGUCGUUUGCUACGGCCUGGGGAGAUACCACGACACCGCAUUCCCAGUGGCAUCAGCAGACUCGGGAAUGCUUUCCCAUGCAAAAGGCACGGUAUCUACAACAGGAUGAGUGUGAGCGCCCCUGUAACUACAGUUCGGUUGGUGCGAGGGAAACGCCUCAGACAACAAGGGCUACAGAGGAUGACAGCUCGAGCGUCAUAGUUACCAGCUUGCGCGGCCUGAACACAGGGCUCCAUUCUCCCAGCGUUUACUCACGAACAACAGGCGAAAGCACUCCAACAAAGGAAGAUCAGAGGGCCUACUCGGGCUCCACAGGACCGGAUGAUGAGCCAGGGGUUGCCACUAUAUUCUCAAGCCAGCGAUCCACCUACAGCUCUCCCGUGGGAAAGCGAGGCCCCGAAUCUUCAGCAUCCGAAAGUCCCACACGGCCAAGCGCUGAAUGGCAGCAAUGGAUGCAGUCCCAGAUGGAGAGAAUCGACACCUUAACGCCCCGAUGCGACCACUAUAGGGAAGACACGGAGAUCCACAAUGAAGACUUCCCGGAUCAAAUCUUCUCCCAAAGGAAAUGGACCCCUGACGGUAUCUUAAAUAUGCAAGAAGUCUCAGAUCGGCCGUCUCUCACUAGGGGCUCGUCCACUUCUUGCAAACUUGCGACAAGCAGUAAUUUCUCUAGGCCGUUCAGCCGUUCCUCGAGUAUACGCACGAUUGCUGGCACUCAAAAGGACAUUGUAGGCAACACAGCUGCCUCGGGAUCUUCUAUGCCAAUUCUCCAAAAGCCAUCUGGUGGUACUCCUGAGAGGGUUUUCUCACCUGACCGUGGUCGUACAAAAGAUAGCUACCCCGUGCCAAUGCAGUUGAGGCCAAGUAACAGGCUUCGAUACUCCGUGUCACCAACUCCGAAGCGAGAGGUGAAAGAGACGCAGCAAAAAAUGACAGUCGGCGGAAUACAUGAAAGGUACCAGGCGACGCGGUCCCCGAUUUCCCAAAACGGCAAACCUUUCCAGAUCCGAUCGACUCGCGCCCGUCACGAUAGUGUCAGACCAACAAACGAGAACCUCAAAGUCGAAGAUGGACAACUCGACCCUAAGGAAUCUCAUUCCUCGGACGUGGGCUCUGGAAUUUCUAGCAAACGUAUGGUGGAGUUGUUCUUGAAUAGCCGACGCCAGCAGAUGGGUCCAGGUAGGUUGGAUGACGAUAGUGCUUCCGAGGGUGCGUUUAUCUAA